AUGCGUGGCAAGCGUGCCCUGAGGCGUGCAGCGCGGCUUGCGCUGGUGGUGGGUGCGGCCUGGUACCGUGGACAGAAGAUCACACGAGCCUCAGCCGCGCAGCUGGUCUCUCCCGAGAGUGUCGCGGAGCUGACCCAGACGCCACAUCGAGCAGAUGAACGAGUAUGUGAGAAGUUGGAGAGAAACACGUGUCAAGCAAGGCAGCGAGCCGCAUGGAAGCAACGUGCACUGAAGGUGUGGAGCUUCAACGUGGAGUCGCUGCGGAGAGUCGGGAGGAUGGAUGAGUUGUUAGAGUUGGCAAGGGCUGAGGACUUGGUCAUUUUCACGAUGCAAGGCACGCAGAUGGACUUAGGCAAGACAUGGAAGUCGGGCAGCUUCGAGCGCAGGUACGAGCGCGACAUAUACGUGCUGAACGGCUACGCACCCACGAAUGAGGCUGGCCACGUUCCUAAGGGAGUUGAAGCAAUGGAGUAUCGCGAGAAGCACUUGGAAGCCAGAGACACGUUCUGGCAAGUAUGUCGACGAGCUGUUGGUCAGGUGCCUGCGCGGGCCUCAUUGGUCAUCACGCUCAACGCGAACGCACACGUCCCGCCGACGCUGCCUUGGGUGGGGUUUGCAGGUGUGCGCAGGACGGGGCCAGCGAUCAACGGCAACGGUUACGAGCUGAUGGGCCUGAUGGAGGACUACGGGCUCAUGGCGCUGAACACGUUCGGGAAAAGGGGACGAUUCAAUGGCACGUGGACGAGCCCACAAGGAGGUUGGACGACGAUAGACUACGUGCUGGUGCGAAGGCAAGGGGAAUAUGGACACUCUGCUCAUCCACGGGCCGAUUUACUUGUGAACUUGGGCGGCGACAUGGACCACAGACCUUUGGAGGCGCAGAUCUAUGUUGGGGUGAAGGCCAAGACGGUGAAGGAAGUUGGCAAAUUUCGGUGGCGGCGGGAGCUCAUGAGUGCAGACCUGCUGAAGGUGCAGCAAGCAGAGGCGGAUCUCGACAACCAGGAGCAGCUCCCGAACCGCGCGCUCAACUUCAGACUCAAGGUUCAGGAGGGGCUCGAGUGCAAGGGGCUCUAUGAGGACUGGGCAGAUGUGUGCGGUAAGGGCAAGCAGUACGAGUCGCCGUCGGAGUAUUUCAACGAGCUCGAGGGAGUAGUGAUCGAGGCGGCUUUGCAGGACUACAUCUCACCACCUGUGACGGGGAAAGGCGAUGGCCCAGUGUUCGGAGAUGAGACGGUGAAGCUGAUUCGGACUAAGCAGUGCUGGCAGUACCAACUGGCAGCUCUUCCUGAAGGCGCAAUGUGGAUGAGGACGCUAUUCCAGGAGCGGUUUAAUGAGGCGGCGAAGAUGGCGACAGCGGCGAUCAGGAGCGAGAAGCGGCAGAGGCGCCUACACAACAUCGUGAACAAGUUUGCACCCAAGCCUGCGGCUCCCAUUAUGACGGUGAAGGAUCCAGCCACAGGCCUGCCAUGCUUCGACGCAGUGGACGACCAGCGCGCGCGCAUUCAGAGCAUCUGUGACAUAUGCGAGGGCCAGGCGAUGGAGCUAGACGCGCGCCCUCCCAUGGUCGGCAGGAAGGAGCGCGACGACGGCAGGAUUGGCAGCUACGACAUGGCAGCGGUGAAGGCAAGCAUCAUGGAGCUGCCCAAUUUGAAGGGCGGUCCUACGCUCAGGUGGCCGUUGAGGGGCCCGCCUGGUGGUGCUGUUGCUGAAUCUUGGAAGCUGGCGAUCGACUCUCUUGCACCGCCCAUCAUGCAAGUCUUCAACGCAGCGCAGGCGCUGGGUGAUGCCCCUCAGAGGUUCAAGGACGGCGAAACCAUGCAGUUGCGUAAGCCGAAUGGUGACGGGUGUUCGGCGUCAAAAGACUACCGGACCAUCAACUUGAUCAGUCAUGUGGGGAAAGCGCGCGCUAAGGUCACCGCGCACGAGGCGGUGCGAGAAGUAGCACGCAAGAUUUCCCCGACGCAGUUUGGAGCCAUGCCUGGGCGAGGUACACGGGGCGCAGUUGCAGUGGCAAGUGAAGUAAUUGUUCGACAUCAGCGUGCCCAUCGAGCUAAACGGCGUGGGCGCUCUUCUAAGCCCCCACCGAUGCUGCUGGCGGUCCUCGCCGACAUUGAGAAGGCGUCCGACGCGGUUCCCAAGGAUGAGAUGUGGGAGGCGUUGGAGGCGUUGCGAGUCCGCUGGGACGCGCGAGUUACACUGGAAGAGCUCCAUGAAGGCAUGUGUUACUUGUUCCGUGAUGUGACGACGCGCGAGCCAGUGGCGAGGAUCAGGGUCAAGAAAGGUGUACGGCAAGGCGGAGUUGAGAGUCCUUGGCUUUUCGUGGCAGUCUAUGAUGGGAUAGUAUAUCGUAUCCCGCACGAACUCCGCCAGCAGGAGGUCACGGCAGUCAAAGCAUUAUUCGACCCCACGCUGAGGAAACUCCGCAACAAUGACAGCCUGAAGGAGGAAGAGUGCGAGGAGAUAGACGUGUCCCAGCUAAAGUUAUUGGACGACCUGCUCACGUUCGCUGAGAUUGAGGAGUUUGACGAUGCGUCCAUCAUUUUGGAGGUCUUGCAGGGUGAGAUCUGCGGUGGAGGUAUGCGAGUCAACCCCGGAAAGACGGAGUUGCUGCUCGCGCCGUCGGGAAUUGGGAGCAAGAAAAGGAUGAAGGAUAUUCGAGCGCAGAACACCCGCGUUGUGACGUGGGAGGAGGACGACUAUUUCCCAUUGCACCCGCAGCCGUAUGUGAAGUACUUGGGCGCCCAGCUGUCGGCGACGGGCUCGCGCCAGGGGGAGGUCACUAGGCGAAUCAGGGCCGCCAACUCCACUCAUUCUCGUCUGCUUCGUCGUGCUUUCAAGAGCGGGUUCAGCCCCAAGUUGAAGAUCAGAUUGUGGAAGGCCUUGGUGAGGUCAGUAUGUCUGUAUUGCCUGGAGAUCGCCAACCUCGCCAAGCGGGGGCUCAACAGGCUGGAGAGCUGGCAGGUGAAGAAACCCCGUGGGUUGCUGCACUCUCCCGCCCACCUGUACAAGCAGACCAACCGCGAGAUCAGGAAGCGAGCCCGCACGCCGACGGUCACAAGCACAUUGCUGCUGCGAAGGUUGAGGUGGCGGCAGAAGGUGUUGUGGCCGGCCUUCAGGGACCCCAGCGAAGAUCUGUGCGACCCGACGCUGGCGGUCAGGGCGGUCGUCUUUGGCCGUCUUUCGUUCGAGCAGGUCGGCCAGGGUGAGCAUUCUGGCCUGCUGACGCUGCUGCUGGACGACAUGCGGCAGAUGUGGCAGACAGCAGACGCUCGGGAGAAGCUCGCGGCUCGCCAGCUCUUCUUGCUGCACGGCGACCUCCCUGAGCUGGCCGAGCCGUGGCUGCGCUGGCUCGCCUCCCUCGAGCAGCGCUGCUUCCGCCGUGUGCUGACUUACGGCGGCGAGACUGACACUGUGAAGUUGCGGCUCAAGCCAUACUCUCAGAACUACCUGAUCCAGCUGGCCCCUCCGCUGGACCUGUCCCAGAGGCCGCGCGCGAUGUUCCAGCCGAUAGGCGAGGCGCAGGCGGUGACGGGCAGCAAAGAGCACAAGAGGACGGCGGCCGAGGCGGGGGUCGCGGCCGAGGGCAAGGGCGCGCAGCAGGACGUGGUGGGCCCCCUGGCCAAGGCGCUCGCGCGCCUGGUUCUGCAGCACGAGGACAUGGCGCGCUCGGCUCACAGGGACGACAAUCUCGUGAUCCCACUGAAGCAGGCACAGAAGAUGGCGAUUGCGCUGGACCAGGCCCUGCCCGACGCACUGGCGAGGGCGGUCCUGUUCCGCGUGGCGGAGGCCGUGGAGGGCAAGAAGGACGCCGCGCUGGCGGCCGUGGAGCAGGGCAUCGAGCCGCAGGCCACCAAGACGGCGCUGGACGAGAUCAUCAAGUUCGGCAAGCUGGUGCAGGACCCGCAGAUCAAGUUCGUGGCGACGAGGUGCUUCAAGGUGAAGGCCAAGGCGGACGAGGAGGGCGGCGAGCUCUCGGCAUGCAAGUGGAUAUUCGCGAUCAACCACUAUCCGUCGCUGAAGGAGUCGUUGAAGAUGGUUCGGCUCAACGGCGCCCUGGCCGCGGUCGGAAUCAGCCUGCAGUACGACAUCGCGAAACGCUCGAAGGCGGCCAAAGAGGUCGAGGCGCUGGCGUUCAAGACGGGCAAGGGCGGCGCACAGGCAGCAAAGGGCAAGAAGCCGAGGAAGCAGUAG